AUUAUGGAUUGGAAUUCGCACGUGUGGAAGAAGCGGAUAGAGCGUGUGGAGCCUAAGCCGACCUUUUCAACUUCACCAGAUAAGGCUUUGUUUCGCUCAAUGUCCCCAAAGCCUCAGCAGAGCUCACGGCGUCACCAUGGGCUCCCAAGUUCUUCCGCUGGUUUUGCAUAUGAUCCCGAUAAAUUCUUCUCAAUCUCUCCCUUCAAAGAAGCUAGGGCUUUCCACUGUUCUUUCUACUGGGUCCUACAAUGUUCUUAGAGUUUCUGUGUCUAGAGUUUUGGCGAGGCCAGUUGGGUGGAAUCUAGGCUUGUUUGUAAAUGCACCAAUGAGAAGUAGCUUUGCGGUGGAGGCGGAGUCUAAUGAAGCGGAAGCAAGUGAAAGUGUUGAAGAGAAGGAAGGCGACGUUGUUGAAGUGGAAGGUGAUAUUGAAGAAGCCGAAACCGAGGCCGAGGAAGAAGUGAAAGCACCGAGAAAGCCCAUUGUUAAGCUCGGAGAUAUAAUGGGGAUAUUGAAUAAGAGGGCAAUUGAAGCAUCUGAGAAGGAAAGACCAAUUCCAGAUAUUAGAACGGGUGAUGUUGUUGAGAUUAAAUUGGAAGUUCCUGAAAACAGGCGUAGGUUGUCCAUUUACAAAGGGAUUGUAAUGUCAAGACAAAAUGCUGGUAUCCACACUACAAUUCGAAUCCGUAGGAUUGUUGCUGGUAUAGGUGUCGAGAUUGUAUUCCCUAUUUACUCACCAAACAUAAAGGAGAUAAAAGUCGUCAGCCACCGGAAAGUCAGGAGGGCACGGCUUUACUAUCUGAGAGACAAGCUUCCUAGACUCUCCACUUUCAAAUGAGACCACUGUCACUAUUUUUUCGUUGUAAACAAUGUUUCCCUGAAAAUGAGAUAUUGUAAAAUCUGUAUUUCCUCAUUCUGUUUAUUUUUGCAAUAGUCUAGAAGAAAAUUGUCAUCAUAGACAGUUAGAUGUGCAUCUUGCAGACUUAAACCAGAUCAUGAUUUUCAAUUUAUGUAUCAAUUAUUCAAGGGUUUCAGUA